CUGUCCGAUCAUUUUCCCUUUCCGAUCUGUGUUUUCAAGAAUAACAAUUGACUUUUACACAGAUUCUCCUCAUUCAAAACCGCCACUGAGGAGGACAUGGUCCUGUGGUCGUACCCGCCAACGCCCAAGCAACUGGCCGCCACCAUCGGCUGCUUCGUCACCGGCGCCGCCCUCUUCUCCAUUGGAGCCCACCUCUCCUUCGCCAACGUAGCCCCUCAACAAGCUCGCACCAAGGCCCGCAACGAUUUCGUCAAAGAUCGCCUUCGAAAGUUUCUCCAAGAUUAGCCCCACCAAACAAAUAGCUUUAAAACCCACUUGAUCCAACUUUAAGCAUCAACCCUUCUUACUCAAGUCCCCUAGUUGGAGGCUCAACCAAAUGCUGCAUUGUGUGAUACCAUCAUUGUCAAAGAGAAGACAAAAUCCCAAUUCAUCCCUCCCAUCACUGCAAGGAAGUUCAGCUGAAGAUACACCGAGUUCAAGCGCUCAACCCUCUCCCACCAUCAAUCUCACAAGCGAAUACACCCUUGCCAUCCAGACAACUUCCUACAGCGAGAUAUGGUCUAGAAUCCAUCCCAAUGACCCUUCUUAUGAAGGACACUUGGGGGAAGGGGAGGCCCUUGAAGAACAUCAGUCAUUGGAACAGAUCCUUAACCCUAGCCGAGAGUGUGUCGACAAAGCACUUCAGCAUGCUAGGCCGACUACCCUUACCCACCUUGUCUCCACCUACUUUGACCACAGUGAAAAUACCUCCCAUCUUUGCCUCAUUCUCCACGACAGUGUCCGCCAGGCCCGCUUAACUUACCACAACCUUCAUAACCUCCUCGAUGUUCUCCCCCUAGAUUCUGACCCCAACUCCCUCACCCAGUCUCAGUGCGAUUGGGCAUUUGACAUCUUUCUAAAAUUUGACCGCCUCGACAAUCCCUUCCCCUGUCCAGACUCCCACAACUUCCGCGACAUGCGCCAUUGCUUUUCUCAGCUCAACGACCAACUCCAUCGCCGCCUCUGCAAGUCCCGCUCUAGGGUCCGCCUCCUCCGCCGCGCCACCACUUGCUCCACCGUCUGCCUCAUUGGUACUGCUGUUAAUGUUUGCUUAACAGCCAUGGCCAUAGCUUCUCACGCUCUUAUUGCCCUUGUUGCAGGCACCCUACUCCCCGCGGUCCUCCCCUCCAAGAUAACUAAGAAGGAGAUGGUCCAUAUGGCACAGCUUGAUGCAGUAGCAAAGGGUACUUAUGUCCUUCACAACGACCUUGACACAAUUGAUCGCCUGGUUGAGCGCCUGUAUACAGCCGUUGAGGGUGACAAGUUUCUGAUUCGACUCGGAUUGGAGAGGGGCAACGACAGGCAUCCCAUCCAUGAGAUCGCAAAGCAGCUUCAGAAGAAUCAUCUCAAUUUCCUUAGCCAGCUGAUGGAUCUUGAGGAGCACAUAUGCCUAUGCUUUGCUGCAAUCAACAGGGCUAGAUCUCUCCUCCUUGAAGGGAUCCAUCUUCAUAAAUCUCAUAAUUGCAAUUAAUUUGCUGCAUUUACUGAGACAACCACACUGCAUCAGUUAUGAAUUGAAGGAACUAAAGAAAGCGAAAUAAGAAAAGGGACUGACGUCAGCGAAGUGGAUCUCAUAUAACUUCAUGUUCCAACAGCACAUCGACCGCAAGCUGCUUCAGAUAGUCUCAACUUCCCGGGAAUCGGAAUUCAUUCUCCCAAUGAAAGAACUUAAAUAGUUUUUUUUCCAAAUUCUAGGGACACUCGCUCUGAUACGAGUUUUGUGCUCCAAUUGCAUCUGAUUAACUAUAGGACCCCACACCCAGAACACCACUAGACGAAAUGAUUUAAUUGCGGUACUAGAAAUAUCGAUUCUUAUUGUUUCAAGGAUGUAUCUGUUUCUGGUUACUUCUAUUUUUUUCACUUAAGCAACAAAUAAAUCAAAUGAAGGUGCAUUAUUUUUGGAUGUACGUAUGGAACUGGCUGAGAUUUUAUUUAUUUAUUUAUUUAUUGAAAGAUCUCAACUCAACUCCUAGUGAAAUAUU